AUGGAUCCGGAGCAAAUUCUUCUCGAUAGCAACGAGUUCGAGGACGGCUCGGAUUACGGUGAUUACGAGUUCAUGCAGGAUCAGGAUGCGCUAUCGCUGAAUGCACCGCUCGAAUCGAUUCUGGACCCAACGACCGCACCGAUCUCGUCGUGUCAAUCCUCGCCGGUAGAAGAGACCGCUUCGCUGGUGUUGGUACCGUCACAGAACCUCGGGGAGCAACCGGCGGUGACCGGCGGUGGGAGUGAAGGGAGUGCGAACAACGUCCGAGCACCACCGGAAACGAUCCGCACCGUAACCCAGCAACACCAUCAAAAGCAUCAGAAGCUAACGAUCAAGACGAUCAUCCUCGGAUCGUCGGCAUCAUCAUCGAUCGGUGGUACUAACACCAGCACAACCACCGUUAGUAGUGGUGUGUCCUUAGCCACCAACAGCGGGACAACUUCGUCCUCGUCCUCGACCGCAUCAUCACCAUCGUCAUCCUCGCCUUCAUCCGUAUCCUCGCCAGUUCCAAUCGGAACAGGCACCGGUGGGUCUCCUGCGAUCCGGUACGGACUCGGUGGUGGAAAACCAUCGGCUGCGGCCCUGCGACGAGGCCCCGGACGGCCGAAGAAAGAUUUCAUCCCCCUGCUCAAGAUGUCGGCCGGUGGGGGAGCAACGAAUGCGGCCACAUCCGGCAGUGGUCUCACCGGUACAUCCGGCGGUUCGACGAUGAUCAAGCUGAGCGGUGCCACGAUCGCUGCGGUCACAGCGCUGGGCGGUUCGUCACCCUCGUCCGCGGAUGGCAGCAAGAUCGUUAAAAGUCCAAGAACCCCGUUUCCACUGCUUUUUAGAUAUAAAAGUACUAAUGUUGUUCGUGGUGGUAUCCCUAAAAGGAAAGCGGAGCUAACUGCCAUUACCACCAGCACCCUGCACGAUACCACCACCACCACCAUCACCAGUUCGAGUAGCAGCACCGCCGGUAUUCUAGUGGCCACCGGUACAGCUAACAGAAGCCCCUCGACAGGAACGGGAACAUCCCUUGCGGGCUCUCCGACAACGGCCGGCAGCGGGUUUGGUCCGCUCCUUUCGUCCCCGAGCGAUGAUGGUCCGUCGUUAGGUGGCGGUGGAGGUGCCAGUACGGCAAACAGUUCCGUCGCAUCGACACCGACCGCCGAGAUGGAGUCCGUUGAUCCGGCGGCCCUACUCAUGCCCGCUCCGGACGAGAUGCCGUACUUUCCGGAGAAAUACCCGGGAAAGUUGUGCGCGCUGUGUAACCUGGGCGAACGGAGCCAACUCGGUCAGGGUGAGAUGCUGCGCAUCGAGAUGACACUGGCUGCUGAUCAGAUCGCGUCGGCGCUCGAGGACAAGGCGUCCUCAUCGUCAUCCGGACCGGAUGCGCCCGGGGAUAGCUUUGGUGACAAGAGCCCGAAAGCGUCUAGCCUGGGGCCGCCGCAGUUGGGUAGCAGCAAGCGACAGAAGGGCUCCAAUAAGUGCAAAAACCCGAUCGCGAAUGCUGAGUAUACGGAUGAGUUGGAAAAGAUCGGUCACCUGGAGAUCCUCGAAAGUUCGAUAAGCGAUGGCGGAUACUUCUACGUGCAUCGGUGUUGCGCACUCUGGUCGUACGGUGUUGGCCGAGAUCCUGUUAGCGGGACACUCAGUAACCUUGAGCUGGUUGUGGUGCAAAGCCUUAGCCGACGGUGCCACUUUUGUUCGCACUACGGAGCCAGCUUAUCGUGCAAGAUGUCCUGUCCGAAGUGGUACCAUUUUCCGUGUGUGGCCGCGUCCGGCGGAUUUCAGGUGAUCCAAACGUACAACAUAUUCUGCAAGGAGCAUCUGGGACAAGUGCCUUUAGUGUGUGCGGAGGACAUCAACUGCCGCCAGUGUUCGGCGCUGGGUGACGUCGGCAACCUGGUGAUGUGUUCGAUCUGCGGCGAUCAUUACCACGGCACGUGCGUUGGGUUGGCGCAGCUGCCCGGCGUCCGCACCGGGUGGCAGUGCAACUCGUGUAAAAAGUGCCAAAUCUGUCGUGUACCUGACUCAUCCGAGGGCCGCUCGGUGGCGUGCGAGCUGUGCGACAAGAUCUACCACGCGAGCUGUUUGCGGCCGAUCAUGACGUCGAUACCGAAGCUGGGCUGGAAGUGUCGCUGUUGCCGCGUGUGUUCCGAUUGCGGUGCACGUACGCCUGGUGCCGGUGCGUCCUCGCGAUGGCACUCGCAUUACACGGUGUGUGAUUCGUGCUAUCAGCAGCGGAAUAAGGGCUUCUCGUGUCCGAUUUGUCACCGGGCGUAUCGGGCGGCCGCUUACCGGGAGAUGGUGAAGUGCAGCGUGUGCUCAAAGUUUGUGCACAGUAGCUGCGAUCCGGAUGCUGAUCUGUCGGUGUACCACGCGCGAAAGGAGUCCAAUCCGGAGUACGAGUAUCUGUGCAGUCCGUGCAAAACGGUCAUACACAAUGGGAGGUUGGCGGCGGCGUUGCGACGUAGCAGCAGUGCGGAUGAGGACAGUAUGUCCUUGUCGCAGGACAGUCUGCUUAAUGACGAUGCGAUGGAGGUGGAUGGUGCAGAUGGCCGUGAGGUGCCAUUUCGGGAUCGGCUUGAUCGAUCGGGUGGAUCCGCGGACAUUGGUCUCGGUAAGGGUAAACCGUACGUGGCGAGUAAGAUCGCUAAAAAACGGCUUGGAUUAUCGCUUACCGGAGGUCUCGCUGGCAGCCGACCGAAGGGCCUCGGGAAGGGAUUCCAAAAGAAGUCACGACUGGCCGACAUCACACGAAAACGCGGCUCGAAGGCGAAAAUGCGCGGCAUCUUUGGUGUGCCCGGACUGGGUCUGCAACGGCCUACAGUCGACCUGACGAUGGCGGCGGUUAGCAAAACGUGCGAGGAGGAACCCGGCGGAGAGAACCGGCUCGUGCUGUGCUCAGCGAAGGACAAGUUCGUCCUGACGCAGGACAUCUGUGUGAUGUGCGGCGCGAUCGGAACGGAUCAGGAAGGGUGCUUGAUUUCGUGCACCCAGUGCGGCCAGUGCUACCAUCCGUACUGCACCAACGUGAAGGUGACGAAGGUGAUCCUGCAGAAGGGCUGGCGGUGUCUGGAUUGCACGAUCUGUGAGGGAUGCGGACAGCGGCACGACGAGGCUCGGCUCAUCCUGUGCGAUGAUUGUGACAUUUCGUACCACAUCUACUGCAUGGAUCCGCCUCUGGAGCAUGUGCCGCAGGGCACGUGGAAGUGCAAGUGGUGCGCCAUGUGCCUGAAGUGUGGCGCAAACAGUCCAGGGUUCAAUUGUGCCUGGAUGAACAGCUACACCGAGUGCGGUCCGUGUGCUAGUCAAUCGAACUGCCCGUCGUGCAGCGAGGGUUACGCGGAAGGCGAACUGAUCAUCCAAUGCCAUCAGUGCGAACGGUGGCUCCAUUGUGCCUGUGAUCAGAUCAAAAGCGAAUCCGAUGCCGAGCGGUGUGCCGAGGAGGGCUACACCUGUUUGUCCUGCCGUCCAGCCGAUCAGCCCCCGCCUCAUUUGGUGCCGAAGCGGAAGGCCUCAUCGGCGGCACCCUUAGCGAUCGCAGGCGUUUCAGUGGCUUCUGGGAGGAUAAAUGCGAAACCCGAAGAGAAGGUGGCACCGCUUGCGCUAGAGGGCAACCACUACCUGGACGGCGUGUGUUUGAGCGAACACGGGUUGCACCAAAUUAAGGCGCUGCAGGCAGAGUUUGGAAAGCGCGGCAAGCGGAAACCGAAACUUCCGCUAGAACCACCACCGACGGAGAAGGACGCCGGCAUACUGGCCGCGAUCGAGUCAGUGGUAGCGGGAAGCAGCCACGACAACUCGCUCGAGGACAUGCGCCUGGAGCCGCUCGAUCCGAAGGAGGAAGCCGAGAUCUACAAAGACGGCAUGGUGUGGAACGAUCCGACACCGCCGGAAGGGUUCGCGCUGUUCACCACGGAAAACGGCACCGUGGUGUUGCGGAAGAAGCGGCAGCGAAAUCUGCAAAAACUAGGCAUCGGGGGGUUCUUCGUGCGGAACCGCGGUAUCCGGACCAAGGAUGGUGGUGGUGGUGGCAAGGACGACGACGAUCUGGCGGAUGGGCUGCUGGAGGAUGGCACGGAGGCCUCGGGAGCCGGGGGGCCAAAACCAAAGAAGAAGCCUAUCCGACGGAAGCCGAAGAACAAGCUCAUCGAGAUCUACCCGAACAUACUGCAGGAUGCGUUCUUUGGUCGAUCGUUGCUCAGCUCGAGUGUCAUGCCCACGUUCGAGAAUCCGCCCAGCGACGACGACGUGAAGAGUGACGUUUCGGAUGAUAAAACGGUGAAGCUAUCGGCCGAGGAGCUAAAGCUAUUCGAGGCUGUGAAAAGUAAGGAGGAGGAAGUGGCCAACCAGUCCAAAGAGCAGCGUGAACCAACGCCAACCAGUGGGCAGCAGUCGCAACCGAACGCUGCUGGCGGUUCACUGCUGCCCGUUAAACUCGGUCAACGGCCAAUGCCGGUUGGGGCGUCCGGAUCCGGAACAGCUCCUCCUGCCACACUGCCAACGGCGCCAGGUGGUGCUACCAAUAGCGCAUCACCUUCCGCGGGUUUGAUGACUUCCGGUGGUGCAUCUGUGACCGCAACCACGACGGCUAGUGCGGGUGCCAGUGGCAGUGGUGGUGUGGCGACUUUCGGUCCAACAAGCGCCACACCCAAUGGUGCUCCGGCUGGAACGACCAAGAUGGAGGAGGACGAUAACAGCGACACGGAAGCGUUGAACGAUGUGCUUGGACUGCCGAACGAUCUGAUCGAGGAAGAUUUCGUGAGCCAAAUCAUGACGGAAGAUGAGCUUAUCAAACAUUCAGCCGCCUUCGAUGAUCUCGCGGGCGAUACGGAGCUGCAGGACACGAUAGGGAAAGCGUCCAAGGACGAGCUGGUGGACAUGUUGAGCCCACACUUUGACCUCACAAACAUUGGCCAGAUGGACAGCAAGGUGGUGGAGGAGAUCUUUAAAACCGUUCUCACAGACGAGUCGCAGGAAUCUCAGGAAUCAAUGCUUGCAAGCUCGAUGACGCCUUACACGUCCAACACGUCGACACCGUCGCACAGCACCGAUGUAACGAAAAAGGCUGUAACUACGAGGUAUCUAGCAGCGGGCGGACAAGCGAUCCUGCAUCCUCCUUCGCAGCAACAGCAGCCAAUGCAAGAGCUGCACACAUCACAGCAACCUCAGCUGCCAGUGGUUCAUCAACAGCAACCGCAGCAGCAGCAGCAACAGGCUCAACAGCUGCAGCAGCAGCAACGCCCCAUGCAACAGGUAGUUUUGUCCCAAACGAUACAGGUCGGCAACCAGCAGGGCAUGCUCUCCGAACAAUCGUCUGUUGUUGGUGCGAUGCGAGGCGUACAAACGAACCAACCGUCUCAGCAGCUUCCAAACUCAAUGGUUAUGAAUCCAUCGCACAUAUCCCAACCCGGACAUGGUCCGUCGACACCAAUGGGUGGUCAGAUGUUGCUACUCCAGCAACAACAGCAACAGCAGCAGCAUCAACAAGCAGGGAUCGGUGUUAUGCAGCCGAGUAUGAUGCAAACAACGAGCUUGGGUCCUGCCGGAGCGCAGCAACAACAGCAACCGCAAACGAUUACCGGUUCCCUGUCAAUGAUGCCCUUGCAGCAACCGCAACAGCAGCAGCAACAACAAAUGCCUUACCCCAUUGGUUCGGUGACUGAUGCAAAUCAGUCGCCGCAGCAGCAACAGCAGCUAAAUCGAGGGUACUAUUCUAAUGACUUCCUUCCGCCCAACAGAGCCUUAAUGAGCGGAUUUUCGGAUCCGUCACAAAUUCAGCCAACCGGAACGGUAGCUCCUCAAACGCAAAUUCAGCAAACGGGGCAGUGGCCAAAUCAGAGUGUGCAGAUGGUGCCGGGUGCUGCCGGAGGAACACCUAUGGACACGUCUCAGCCACCGACGGGUGUCCGCACGGUGGGAGCUGCGGUCGCGGGUGGGGUAGGCGAAAUCAUCGGCACGCUGGAUGACACGAACGUCAAGAGUGCCCAGAAGCUGUCCGAAAAAAUGCGCAAGGACGAAAUGUUGGGCGAUAUGGCAACCAUUUCCGCCGUGCUGUACUGUAACAUGCGCCAUCCGGAGCUGAAGGCCGAGUUCCCAAACUGGAACGAUCGCUGGAAGCAAAUCAGCAAACGCUGGAGACUGCUGUCAAAUGAGGAGAAGCAGCCAUUCCUACAGCACGCCCGCGAUAACCGGUCGGCCAGCAAGAUGAAGAAAACUCAGCAGGUACCACAAUUAUCACCCAAAGAUGGCAAUAGCAAUAGUUCUGGUACGAUGAACAUUGUUGGUCCAUCGUCUGCAUCUUCUCCCUCUUGUUCCUCAUCAUCGAACAUAUCGGGAUCGCUAACAACGGAAUCGGGUUCCAUCUUAAUUGGUUCGGACCAAACGGUGGCUGGCGGUUUGGUACAGCAGCAUCCAAUCGGCAUGCAGCAGCAGCAACACCAGCAGCAGCACCAGCACCAGCAGCAGCAACAACAGCCACACCAGCAGCAGUCGCAAGGUGGACAAAACCAACCGUUGCUGCAGCAGGCACCGAUGGGACAACAACUGCAACAUCAGCAGCUGCUGCACAGCAACACGCCGCUACAGUCGCAGCUAAUCGAGGAUCAGGACAAAUUGAACGCACAGCAAAAAAGCAUGCGCGAAGCGGAACAAGAGCGCCAAUGGAAGCAGUUGCAGCAACAGCGUGCCCGUGAGCAACAAUCGCAACAACAUUUGUUACUUCCGGAGCAAAGGAUGCAGCAAGAUCCUACGAUGCAGCUACAAGUUUCUACCGAGAUGGGACCUGGUGGCGUAGGACCAAUGGCUAGCCCAUCUCCCAACUCGAGAGGUUCAUUCAUUUCGCCAGUCAGCAAAAAUCGGAUGCCACUGUCGAUCGGUGGCAUGGGAAUGAAUGCGCCCUCGAGUCCGGUCUCCGGGAACUUCCAGCAUCCCAUGGGUAUGCCCUCUAGGGGACUUCCGGUUCAGAUGCAACAACAGCGUCAAAUCGCAGGCCAGCAAGUGCGAAUGCCAUUAAGUCCUUUUUCGCCGCAAUCGCAACAACCCCAAUCACCGCAUGAUAUAAUGCCAGAAUCACCCGCAAGUCAGCACUCAGGGAUGGAUCCGUUCGUUCGGCCACCAUCGGAAGGGAUGGCAGAUACGUAUGCCGUGCACCAUUCUCCUCAAACGCCCCGCUCCUUGGGCCACCAGAGUCCGGUAGCGAGCGCGAACCAGAGCCCGGCAUACUCCGGCACACAGAUGGUAACGAACUCGGUUCCUCCACCGGGAGGUAUACGCAUAAACACGAUGGAUUCCGGCUAUCCUGGUGGAGCGCCGGGUACACCGAGGCCACAGUUUUCAUCGGGAACAAUGCGACCGAUGGUAUACGCACGGCCGGGCGAUCUUUUCAAUAUGAUGCAAAAUUCGCCCUUCACUUCUCCCCGUUCGGAGGGCUUCACGCAAUCGCCUCAGGAAGGAAAUCGGCAGCUUCGUGAUCUACUGCAAAGGCAGCAGCUACCGGCACCGAAUAAUCCGUCCACAGUAUCCAACGUAGGCGGUGGUACGAUCGGAGGAGGUGUUGGUAUGAUUCAACAGACCGUUUCGCAGCAGUCGCCCCAGUCAGUACAAUCUCCCGGAGGAUUUUUGGAUGACCAACAACAGCAACAGCAGCAACAACAACAACAACUUUUACAGCAGCAACCUAUGCAACAGCAACAACAACAGCCUGGCCAAAUGCAGCAACAACAACAGCAGCAGCAGCAAGGCAUGAUGCCAGCUCAAGGUACGGUUAUGCCGUCAAGCCCUACCGAUAUGGGAACGUUCAGACAACCACUGCCCCCCAACAUGAUGGCUCGCCCGCGCAUGCCCGGAACAAUGAUUCGUCCAACAGGAAACAUCGUGAUCGGAGCCAACAAUCAGAUACUGGUGCGACAGCAAAUCGUUCGAACUACUGGUACGAAUCAAAUGGUCAUAACACAACAAGGUAUCAUGCAGCAACAGCAGCAGCAACACCAACAGCAGCCAGGACAAAUCCUUCGCCAACGAAUGCAACUGGUUGGACAAAACGGACCCAACGCUUCCGAUGGGACGCAAUUUGUGGCACCCAAUGGCCAGCUGAUGCAUUCCCAACAGCAGCAGCAGCAGCAGCAAAUGAUGAACCAGCAGCAGCAGCAACCACAGGCUAUGACGUCGUCUCAAACCGACCAACAAAAUAUUGCUCUGCUCGCACAGCGCCUAGCUGGAGAAGGGGAAGCUCACGUUCCUACACAAGGCAUGGCCCGUGGUCCUCAAGCGCUGCAACAGCAGCAACAGCAACAAACUCAGCAUCAACAGCAGGCACCGUCGGCGAGUGGACAAUCUGAAAUCCCGGACAGUGUAAGCGCCGAGCUGGAAAAGUUGGAGCAGGAAGACAACACCGGUAUGGGUGAGGUGGAAGGAGUUGGUGAUCUGCUGGGCGAACUGGGAGACGACGAUGCCGAGCUGCUGGACUCGUUGACAGCCGAGAUGGGAGAUCACUUCAAUAUACUGGAGUACGCUGAUCCAGAACUCGAUACAACCGACGGCGAGAAGUCGAACCUGCUCGAUAGCUUAGAGCUGGACGACGAAGCAAAGGAUGCCGAUGCCAAGAACCGACAGAAGCAGAGCGACACGGUUGAUGCGCCUUUCGAUGCGAACAAGCAGGUCGGUGUAGCCGUUGUAAGACAUGGCGCACCGGGUGGUAUGAUGCAGCAGCAGGAUAUGACACAUCAGGGAACGGUUGUUGUAAACACGAUGCAAACAGGUGGCUUUGUGUCGGUUCAGAACCAAAUGAUGCAACAGCAAUCUCAGCAGCUGCAGCCGCAACAACAAUUCAGCACACAACAGCAGCUGCUGAAUUCGGUUGCGGGUGGAUCGCAACAGCAAAUGUCUGGCGCUGCUGGUCAUAUGAAGGCAGUGCGCCCGAAUAUGAUCGGGCAGACGUCGGUCCAGCAAUUGCAGCCUCAAAUGCAACAGCAGCAGCUUCAGUCUGGGACCGUAAUGGGCCAAAAUACGAUGGCAGGCGUGGGACCCAGGAUGAUGACGAAGGAUGCAACGGCGAGCGGUGUUGCCGGACCUUCUAGUAUGAAAGCGAGCUUUAUGAACCAACAACGCAUGCAGCAGUUGAAGCAGUUGGGAGCCACCAGUGGCGGAUUGAUGCAAAACAUCUUUCCCACCGGCCCUAACCAACCCCGAAUGGUGCAGCAAAUUGCGGGCAAUCGGAUUAUACAAACGACCGGCAACCAUCCGGGCCAGUCACAACAACCGCAGCAGAUUGGCAAUCAGUCGCAGCCGAUGCUACAGCAACAACAACAGCAGCAGCUAAAUCAGCAACAGGUGCAAGGUGUGCAGCAACAAACCCAAAACGUCCCAGUGGCCGUUGGACAACCACCACCACCGCCAUAUCCUGAACCACCGCCACCGUAUCCUGGCAAUCAAACCGGACCCAACGUGCAAGCUGGUGGCAAUUCCAUGCAGGAACAGCGGUUACUCUUGGAGGACAUGGUCGAACAGGAAAAGCGCGAGCAAGCGAAUCAACUUCAGCAAACCAGCGACAUGCCACCCAACCAAGGCAUGAUAAAUGAUCAGGACUAUGAACGUUUGCUACUUAAUCAGCAGGGUGUGGGUCGUCAACAACCACAGCAAGGCAUCAUGACCACCUCUACACACACAAACCAGCCACAACAGCUGCAAUCGCCCACAGUCAUGCAUCAGUUGCAGAUGCAAUCGCCUAACGGUGGUCAGUUCAUAAUGCAACAACAGCAGCAACAACAACAGCAACAAAGAAUGGCCACUCAAUGGCGUGCUCAGACAGCGACGCAGUCAGCACCGACGGGUGGCAUGAAUGUGAUUGGCCAGCAACAGCAACAACCGUCCAUUGCAGGCGGUGGGCUCGUCAACCAAAUGCCAAAAACUAACCAGGUUGUAAUGACGAACACACAGCCGGGUAUGCAGGUGGCAACAGCGACGGGUGUGCCUACACCGCAGGUUGACCCGUCUGCCAACAAACCGAUCCCGCUGUUCCAGGCGAAUUUGCAACCCCAGCCACCGCAACCACCAGAAACGAUCGCGACCGAGCAGGAUCGCAUGCUGCAGCUAAACUAUGAGAACUGGCUGAACCAACAGAACACGACCCUGUCGAAUCAGCUGAAGUACUACGAGACGGAAAUCGUAAAGCUGCGUAAGGUGAAGAAGCAAUUGAACACGAAGCAGCGCCACCUGCGCAAGCAGGGCAACGAGUUGGCCGACAACGAUGCGAAGGAGCUGCAGAAGAUAACGGCCGAUCAUACGGUUGUUCAGAAGCAGCUGGAAAACGCUCGUCGCCAACAGCGCCAGCAUACGGUUAUACUGCAAGAGUACAAAACAAAACACCAGUCGAACAAACCGCAAACACCCGGCUCGACGUCUGCCGUCGGCAAUCCGGGCAGUUCGCCGGCCCAUUCCUUGAUCGCGCCACCGUCACCAUUGAUGUCACCAUCGCCAAGCUCCCAACCGGGAUCGCUUUACCAACCACCGGUGCAGUCGCCUCUGAGCAAUCCUAUUUUGCAACCCAACCAGAGCCCGCUACACUCUCCCAGCCCGCUGCUAUCGCACAGUCCUGGUCCGGCCAGCGUGAACUCUUCCGUGCUGCAAAGUCCCGGUGGUAACCACACCAAUUCGAAUAGCGCAAUGUCGCCGUACAGUACGAUGCAACCUUCACCGCGCAUCGGGACACCUCAUUCGCAGAUUGACGAAAAUCCGUUCAGUCCAGGUCCCGGAGGUCCUUCGCCAUCGCCGUCCUUGCCCGGGCGGUUGACAUCCCCUGCUCCUAGAAUGACAUCACCGCAGCAUCGUGUUGCCGGUCAGCAACUCGUUGUUGGUGGACCCGGUCGGAUGAUACCUAGCCCAGGAAAUCAAUUCAACCAGCAGCAGGGCAUGAUGAUGCCGAACGCGAUGAUGAACCCCCAGCUGCAACAACAGCAAAUGCAGCAACAGCAACAACAUCAAACGCGCUUCGUGCGGCCACAAACGAUUCCGAAUGAUCCGAAUGUGCGUAUGCGCGUUGCAAACAGCAUGCAAAUGCAGCAACAGCAGCAGCAACAACAACAGCUGAUGUCGCAAAACCCGAACAUUCGUCAAAUGCAACCGGGGGCGGCGGGUUCCGGGUACAACUCACCGUUGGGAAGCCCGCAACCGAUUAUGUCCCCGGGUGGUGGCAAUAAUCCGCAACAAUCGAUGCAGCAAUCGCAACAAACAAUGGACCCGCGCACUAUGCAGUUCAUUCAACAGCAACGUAUGCAGCAAAUUCAGCAGCAACGGCAGCAACAGAUGAUGCAGCAGCAGCAGCAGCAACAACAACAGCAAUCACCGCAACAUUCGGGAGCUACCACUCCAACGAUGAUGCAGCAACAGCAGCAAUCAAACCAGCAGAUGCAGCUAAUGCAACAGCAGCAGCAGCAACAACAACAGCAAAUGCAGAUGCACCAGAUGCAGCAACAGCAGCAAAUGAACUUCGCAAAGCAAAGUCCCAUCCACCAGCAACCACCGUCGCCGCUUUUAAGCCAUGGUAGCACCCCCAACUCGUCUCCCAUGCCGCAAAGCCCUAUGAUGUAUUAUGGCCAGCAGCAGCAACCGCAACAGCAGCAACAAGGUCAGCAAAUGCAGCAGCAGCUACUACGCCAGCAAUCCAUGCCUGGUGGGGAAGGUUACGGCAAUGCCGGUGUUGGCGGUGGCGGUGGAAUGAAUCAUCCAUCCAACCCGAUUCCGCUACCGUUCGGUAAAUUUGGCUACAUCAAGCUGGGACUUCGCGGUGGCUCGCCUAUGUGGGGUAAUGCGCGAGGGAACAAGCGCGCUAAUCCAGUCGCCCCAUUUCAGCAACAGCAACUGCAAAAGCAACAGCAAUUACAGAAACAACAGCAGCAGCAAAACAGCGCUGGAUCUAACGCUGCCGGAGCCUCGGGAUCACGAACGCCCCAGACGGUAGCGUCUGCGGAGGCGUCACGCAAGCAGCAAACGACGUUGAACGCCGCUAAUGCGACAUUCAUCCACCACCGAAAUCGAAUCACGAUCGUCCAAAAGGCGGCGGCGGGCGGAACUAGCGCGUCUGGCCUCAAAUCGGCGGGAAUUUUCGUGACCAACAGCAACGCCAGCGGUGGCAGCAGCAGUAGCAGCAGCGCCGGCACAACCAGUGUCGAAGAGAUCGUGGUGAUCGACAGCAGCCCGGACGAGAAGCAGCAACGGUUGCUCGAUUACGACGACGACAACGAUAAGGCACUCGUGGGCACGGAAGUGUCGCUAAAUUCCGUCGCACAGCAUGCUGCCGAUGGUGAUGAGGCGAUUAUUGAACCGUUCGGUUCUGCCCCGUCCGGCUAUGAGAUCGUUGGAAGCCCGCUCGACUCACAGAUGGCGUCUGGGGAGUACAACCUGUUCUCGGAUGAUGUGGUCGAGUGCGUCGACAGCGAGGAUGGAGGCACCGUGACCGGUAGUGGUGGUUCGAAAAAGGACACUCGUGUUACGGUGGAGCUGUUGAUGGACGACAGCGCCUCCAAAGACAAACCGUUACUGGGAAGCUCGGAAAUCGAAAUUGUGGAGUGUGUGGAUGAAAGCAGCAUUGGCACAACGGCAGAAGAUUUCGAAGCCAUGAUAGACAGCCGACCGAAGGAUGGUGUCGGUGCAGCUCCUGUAAAGCAACCGGAAAGCUCUCAGACGAAGAUCGAAGUUGUAGCUGCUAGGAAGGAAGACAAAAUGAUCGAAAAAGCAGCCACACCCAAGAAGGAAUUGACGGUGGUUACGGUUCAGCAGCAGCAAAACCCGAAACCCAUCUCAUAUCCGACGGCCCGCAUCGCCAUACAGCAGUCGUUGAUGCAGAAUCGCCCGAUCGUUUCCGCAGCUCACCAGCGGCUGGUGAAGGAUGCGACGGAAUCGACGGCAAAGUUGUCGAUCGGAAACACUACCAUUUCAGUGCCGAUCCUAAAGAGCUUCCCGAUGACGGCCGGACCGGCCAAGACUGGUACCGGCGCCGACCAGAACGCUGUCAGCAAGACGGCAACACUUGCAACUCAUUCGAAAAAGAUCAUCAACGCGUCGGGUGCGUUGUCGAUCAGCAACAUCUCGAAGAACCCCUCCGGUGGGACGGUGAUAGCCGUUGCGGGACAAAAAAUUAACACCACCAGCAUCGUUACGUUGUCCUCGUUGAAUCUGAACCAAUCGGCACCGUUCAUCACGAAAACGUUCGCUCGUCCAGGAACCGCUGUCACGAUACAGCAGCAGAAGCAAAUCACCGUCGGUUCGCAGAUUAAAAUACAACAGGCCGCUGCAUCUGGGACCGCAACCGUGGCAGCUUUGCAACAGCAAACGCAACCAGCAGCCGUCGCGGUUUCCGCUGCAAGCAACACCUUGACGAUCUCGACCACCGGUGGUACGGUUGGUGGCGGUGGGUUUAGUGUUUCACAAAACAGUGCCCAACCACCGGUCGAAAGCAUAAUGAUGGUUAAGACGGCCAAAGCGAAAGCUCCGGUCACACCCAGCCUGAGUUAUGCUAAACUGUCUUCGCUCACCGUGACGCAAGAUACGUCGCUUCCGACAAAGAUAUUCGAAGACGACUCCAUCUCUCCAGACAGCUCGAUUAGCCAGGAGGAUGCCGAGCAGCUGCCACUGGAAAAAUCCGACCCUGCUGGGGUUUCACUAGAGGAAGGUACCAUAAAAGUGGGUGGCGUUUCAACGACCACUCCUGAGGUGCUGGCAAGUCAAGACGCUGGACCAUCGGCGACGACGGAUUCCAACCAGCAACCUCCGGAACCGACCAUCAAGAGCAAGCAGAACAUCAUACCGGUGCAUGUGAUUGCGAAAUCACGCGAAAAUUCUCGCAGUCCCAUACUCACGGGGGCUUCGGGUCAGCGGAUAAUUUCCUCCAUACCGCAGUUGUCCCCAUUGUCCCAACCCAACGAGCUGACGCUGAACGCAAUGAACGUAUCGCAGCAGGUCCGUUCCAUCAUGUCCUCAAUAAGCGUUGCGAACGCCACCACGGUUUCCACUAGCAGUACCACCGGAGCACCGAGUGUCGUCAUAUCCAUGGCCCCAUCCGGUUCGUCCGCACCAUCCGGUACGGCAACUUCGAACGCCGCAACUGUGGCUUCCAGCAACAUCUCCACCAUCACGUUCGACACGAUCAUUCCGUCCAAGGGGGAUAACAUGAGCAAAACGGAAACCAUCGCCAGCAUCCUGAAGACGGUGUCGGGGAAAACGAUCCUGCCAGCGGCCGCGAUCGCCAGCAACUCCAACCUCCUCAAGCAGUCGGACCAAAGCGGUGGCGGACCGUCACUUUCAUCGACCACCAUAACGCAAAUACCGGGCACGAAGCUGAUUACGCAACAGUUGCAGCUGAGCCGGUUGCCUGCCGGUCAAACGAUCAGUACCGGAAACAGCAACUUUCUCGUCGUCAAGCAGCUGCGUACACCGAACAAGCAGGCGGGUCAAAAUCACACCCAGAAGCAGCUUGUGGUGUUGACGCAGCAAGGACAGGGUGGACAGCAGAUUAAAAUUCAACCCCACCAGUCGCAGCAGAUGCAACAGCUCACGGCCGGUGGUAACAGCGUCAUAAUCCAGAGCCAACCAGGAGGUAGUGGUGGCGGCAGUUUCGUGAAGAUCUCUGCAGCCCCGACGAUAGUGCCAGCCACGAGUGACACGAUCAGUAAAACGAUCGUCACCUCGGUUGACUCGAGUAGUGCCAGUGGUAUCGCAACCAUCCUUAGCAACGCUAACCAGCAGCAGCAGCAACAGCUCAAAGCACUUUCCACAUCACAGCAACCGGCGCAGCAACAGCAGCCGUCUCAUCAAUCGCAGUUGCAGAGUUCGUCAUCGCAACAACAAAUCAUAUGCACCAACCAAGCGACGGGGCAGACGAGAAUUCUGAACCUAGGCACUGUUGUCGCGUCCGGAGAUGGAACCGGUGGCAGUCAAACCAAAUCGAUAGUGAUGAGCACGUCGCGAGCUGCCACUAUUACGAACCUAAGUGUGUCAUCGGUUACCACGAACCCUACCACCAGCAUACUGAGCGCUACGCUGUCGCAACCGUUGUUGAAAAGUACCAGCGGAAGUGGCGCUGCAUCGGCCAUUUCCACGUUGCUGCAGAACCAACUGCAAAGUGCUGCAUCUUUCCGGCGCUCUAAGUCCACCGAUGAAGCACCUGCACACGUUCAGGGACGAGAAACUUCCUCCCAGAUAUUGAGCAAACGGCUCAGUCUGGAGGCGGCUACUCACGUGGUCAAAAGUGAACCAGUCGACAGCGCGUCCGAUGACACAAGCGUAAGCUCCUCCACCUCGACAACUGGUCCGACGUCUGGAGCCGCUGGAAACCUCCCGAAGACAGAACCGACGUCGAGCGGAAGCGGCUGUAAGUUUUCGAGCAUGUCCGGAACCGGUACCGCCACGAAGUCGGAAGAAUCGCAGAAUGUACUGCUGAAACAGUUGCUGCAAAACAGCGGCGGUUCCAGCACGGUAUCAUCGCCUGCACCCUCGCCGAUCGGUCGAGCUGUACCGAGCUUGAUCACCAGCCAGCGAGCCCCAAGCUUGGGCGUAGUUAGCUCACUCGAGGCACAGCUUGCUCGGCCCAUCAUUCCUCCGUCGGCGAAUCCGCCGGCGAUACAGAUCAUCACCACCCAAUCCAUCCCGGCGAUUGCGGCCGCGAUCACGUCGAUAUCUUCAACCGCGACAUCCACGACGACACCCGUGACAGCGCCUCCACCGUCCACGUUGGCCUCAACAGUUGCGAUGGUGAGCUCGUCCGCAGCUGUAUCUUCCGUAGGUGGUACGGCAGUUGUAUCAACCGCGACGACCGCUGUUGCUACGAGCAGUUCCAGCAGUACCGGUGGCAGCACGCCGACGGAAUCCGCGAAACCGAAGCUCAUUUCGAGAGAAACCUCCUUCGUCUCGAAACCUUCGACAAUAUCGUCGAGCCAUCCGACACCUAACCUCGCUGCUAACAUGCUUGCGGCCAGCAUCAAGAAGGAAGAGAUGAUGCAGGCGGCCGCAGCAGCUGCCGCAGGUUUCCCAACAAGCGGCGGACCUGCUGCCAUCGCCCAGGGGACGGUAAAGAUUGAAGCCGGUUCCAUCACCGUCACACAGAUUCAAACACCACAGCCAGUUGUGACCGUCCUGUCACAGCCGUUGCCCGCUUCGGUCACGGCAUCCGUGAAGCAUUCCGCAGCGCAACAACAGCAGCCGCAGCAACUCACCAUACAGCAGCAGGUGCAACAACAUACCACCCAGUUGCAAGCACGGGCACCAAAUUCGUCCUUGCCAACCGUGAGCAACCCGCCGACCGUCGGUGAAGCGAAUGUUACAAUCAUUAAACGGGAAUCCCAUGCAACGACAACCUCCACAACAGCCGUCACACCCGUGUUGCACACAGCGGGGGGAAUUAGCGUCACUGUCACCACUACGACGAAACCACCGGCCGCUGGGGAUGAGCAGAAGCGUUUCGCACCGAGUCCUGUUUUUGUGCACGGUGAGACCACGGUUUCGCGCACCCCAACACCAACGCCAUCGCCUGGUCCGCAGCAACAACCGUCCAGACCUCCGUCGGCUGCUCCCAGAGCAGAAACUCCGGUUGAUGCCGGUCGGAAAGACGAGCAGCAGCAGCAGUCCAUUCAAGCGGUCAGUCCAGCUACCGGCACCGUAACCGUCACCGUCACCAGUGGCAACGCGGUGGUAGCAUCCCCUUCGACAAUGGGUCCACCGUCUGCGAUCUCGACUUCCUCAUCCGGUACCUCCGUUACGGUGGUUGGUUUGACGCAAGGUUCUUCUCCUGCGAUGAAAUCGCCUCUGGCUACUACCGGGGAUGUCGCUGCUCCUGCCGCUGCGGCUAGCCGCCCGGAUGGAGGUCCUUCGCCCGUGAUUGCCCCAACUGUCGUCAUCAAGGAAGAACCAGUCGAUGCCAGCCCGGAGUUGCCGGUCAAGACGGCGGCCGAGAUUGCGCUGGAGCUGAAGAAGAAGAAACGCCGCGAGUAUCAGAAGAAUCGCCGACAGAUGCAGAUUCAAUCGAACAAAGACAACCAGCACACCCAGGCGAAGAAAAAGCCCAAAAAGUCGGCCAAAAUCGAGGAGGAUUACGACACGUGCAUCGACAAUCUGAUGACGCAACUGCGACAGCUACCGCCGAUGCAGAUCCUAGAGCCUCAGCUCCCACGGAACUACGGUGUAUGCUCGCUGUUCGGGACCGGUGAUCUGGCGAAGUUCACCAACCUGAAGGGUUACUCGAUUGCGAGUGGCGAUCUGGUCGGUUGCUAUGGCAACGCGCAGCUACAUUCGGUGGCGGAUUUCUACAACACGAAACCGUUUGGAGUGAAGGAUCCCCCACCGGAGGUGGCCCCAACCUCGACGCACCGCGGAUUCUACGAUCAAGAGUUCGCUCCCAUCAAGUUCGAAACGGAAGACCGGCAUCGGUACGAAUUCGUGCGUGAUCGCGACCUGGACUCACCGGAUACGAUCAUCAGCACGUCCAGUCCGGAGUGCAUCCGGUGGGAAUCACCCAUCAGCUUUCCGGGUCUGCGGUUGAUCAAGGAAGACCCGGCCGAGGAGGAUCAGGCGGUCGUGUACAAGCGGAUGUCACCCGUUAUACCGAUCCUGGCGCCAAUCCCCAUCCGGUUGCGUAAAGGCAUCACCCUGUCGGCCGAUACGCUGCGUCCGAAUGGUGCGGUGAAUGUGGCGGGCAGCAACAAGGAAAACGAAGGUUUCAAGGAAACGUUGCUGGGUGUCAAGUCGCGAUUUGGUCCACCAACACCGUUGAAGGAUACGAGCAAUGUGACGGUCACGCUGACACUCACGUCAUCGGCCGUGGAGGACAUUUUCGGGGUGUUGCGUGAUCUCGCGCACAUGCUGGAGAUUCCGCCACCCUCGACGUAUCAGAUUGUGGAACGGACGGUAUCACCCACAAGCCAGAAACUCGGUUUGUAUCGCACGAAGGGCCGCGAUGGCAAGGAGGGCGCCCCGAUCGACAUACAAACCAUCCUCAACGGUUCGGCGCGGUUCUGCAGACAUUGCGACGUGGUCAUACUGCACAGCAUCAUCAUUGCGAACGCUUCCGAGUUCCCGUUGCUGUCGAGUGGCGGUGCUGAAGACCUGGAAUCGGAGGAGCUGUAUUUCUGUGGUGAGCAGUGCUACCGUCAGUUCAAAUCCUGCCCGACAAGCAUCCUGCUGGACGACGGUCGAGCGGACAGCGCCUCCGCGAACUCGGCACACUCCGCCGAAGGAGGCAAAUCGCAAGAUGCAAACGCACCAAGUACGAACUCCUCGAGCAUUGGAAACGUGGAAAUCAAGCAGGAAAUAUUGGACGACGUCGAGAUGGAGGACGCCACGGCGAACAGCUCGGCUAGCAGCAGCGGCAGCGUGCGAGAAUCCCCACAGAGCGGUGACCGGAAGAAGAAACACUCCGACGUCGACGACCCAGCAUCCGGUGCACCACCCUCGAAGCAGAUGAAAGGCAUCCGGUACAAGGUGUACACGCCGAACUGCUUCGGCGUGCAGCGGUUCAAGAAGCCAAGCGAAAAGGAGAUCACGGAGACGUUGUUCCGCAUGAGCAUCACCGUGACGCCGGCACCGAAGAUGCCGGAUGAUACGCGCCGCUGUAUCUUCUGCCACACGGUCGGUGACGGGGUGGCCGAUGGUCCGUCCCGUUUGCUCAACUACGACGUCGACAAGUGGGUGCACCUGAACUGUGCGCUCUGGUCGGACGGUGUGUACGAAACCGUAAACGGAGCGCUGAUGAACCUGGAGAACGCACUGCAGCAAAGCCUCACGUCGGUGUGCGCAUUUUGCAGCAAUCUAGGCGCUACGGUGAAGUGCUUCAAGACGCGGUGCGCCAACGUGUACCACCUGACCUGCGCGAUGAAGGACAGCUGCGUGUUUUACAAGAACAAAACCACCAUGUGCCAAACGCACGCACCGAAGACGGAAAAGGAUUCGGAGCUGACCACACUGAGCGUGCAGCGGCGCGUGUACGUCGAUCGGGACGAGAGCCGCCAGGUGGCGUCCGUCAUGCACCAUUCCGAGUCGAACAAUCUGCUGCGGGUGGGCAGUCUGAUCUUCCUGAACGUCGGUCAGCUGUUGCCGCACCAGUUGCAGAGUUUCCACACGCCCAACUACAUCUACCCAAUUGGCUAUAAAAUUAUCCGUUUCUACUGGUCAAUGCGUCGUCCGAACAAGCGCUGCCGGUACAUUUGUUCCAUCGCGGACGUUUGUGGGCGGCCAGAGUUUCGUGUGCUGGUGCAGGAAUCGUCCGAGGAAGACAUUGAGCUGCGCGAUGCGACACCGAAAGCCGUUUGGCAGCGUAUCCUUGAGCCGAUGGCGCUGUUGCGCAAGAACUGUCACAUCGUGCAGCUUUUCCCGCGGUACAUUAGCGGCGAGGAUCUGUUCGGGCUGACAGAACCGGCCGUGGUGCGCAUCCUGGAAAGCUUGCCCGGCAUCGAAACGCUAACGGAUUAUCGCUUCAAAUACGGACGCAACCCGCUGCUGGAGCUGCCGCUGGCCAUCAACCCGUCCGGAGCGGCCCGUACGGAACCAAAGCUGAAGCACACGCUUUCGUGGAAGAAACCGCACACGCAGCGAACCGGUUCCGCUAGCCAGCGGCCAACGUUCGUACCAACGAGUUCACCUGCCGGCGAGGUCGCCUGCCCGUACAGCAAGCAGUUCGUGCACUCGAAAAGCUCGCAGUACAAGAAGAUGAAGCAGGAGUGGCGCAACAACGUGUUCCUGGCCCGUUCCAAGAUCCAGGGACUCGGGUUGUAUGCCGCACGUGACCUCGAGAAGCACACCAUGGUGAUCGAGUACAUCGGUGAGGUCAUCCGAACCGAGGUGUCCGAACUGCGCGAGAAGCAAUACGAGGCCAAGAAUCGCGGAAUCUACAUGUUCCGGCUCGACGAAGAGCGCGUCGUCGAUGCCACGCUGAGUGGCGGUUUGGCGCGGUACAUCAACCACUCCUGUAACCCGAACUGCGUGACGGAAACUGUCGAGGUGGAUCGCGAGCUGCGCAUCAUCAUCUUCGCCAAACGGCGCAUCAACCGCGGCGAGGAGCUGUCCUACGAUUACAAGUUCGACAUCGAGGACGACGCGCACAAGAUAUCCUGCAUGUGUGGGGCGCCCAACUGCAAGAAAUGGAUGAACUAA